AUGAUAGGAGACCGAUACGAAGUGAGUGUAUUAACUGUAGAAUUAUUAUGUAAAGAAAAUUCGGCUUUAAGCUGUCAUAUAUCGGUGGGUGAUCAUAUAAGUGGCGUAAUUUCUCCCAUUAAUUCAGAUAGCGACCAAAGUGCUGUGAAAUUGCGGAGGGACAAACUUAUAAAAUUUUGUGUAGUUAAUAUAGAAACCGCAGAAGAAAUCGGUAGCAUAGAAAUACAAGGCUCUCUUUUGCCAACUGAAGGCUUCCAAUGGCUGCCUUUAUUUAAAGAUCAAUGUAGAGAAAUUUUAUCUCUCCCUUUAAAAGUGCCCGCCCCUCGUUUACUCGUUUUACUGAACACCCACACAGGAUUACUCCCAGUCCACGAAGCAACAGAACACUCAGAAUCUGAUUCUCAAAGCGAGUCUAUAUCUUCUGGAGAAAAUGACUUCAUGCCUGAACUCAAGUUGAUUCAAACAUCCUAUACCCUUCCUCCUGACCAAUUUCAAGAAUAUGACUUAGAAUCCUGCUAUUCUGCAUUAGAAAACGAAAAUGAUUUAUUAACUUCUUGGUUCGAGAAAGGGAAAUUGAGCCUACAGUAAAACACAAAAAUUUUUAAAUAUGAUUUAUUUUAUAAAUAUUGAGAUAGAUAUUUGAUAGCUAUAAUAGAGAGAUCUUUAGUUAAUUAUAUUAAAUUUUAGACAACUAGCAUUCUAAAACAUAAAUUUUUAUCAAAUAUUUACAAUUAUUUUCUUUUUUUUUUUAAAAAAUCAUUGAAAAAAAGAAAAAUUUGAUCACUAGUUAUGGGAGAUUAAGGCAAGAAAUCGAGAGAAACCAAAGGAAUUAUUUUUCCAGCAUUAUGUCACUUAAUUAUGAAAUUGAGGAUGCUAGAUUACGAUAGGAUUUAUAGUCCCAACUUCCUAAAGCGCCGUACAUUCAGUAGGUGAACACCUGCGGGGUGGGCUCCCUCAAGGCAAUUUGAGUCCGGGCUGAAAUCCCUGGCUUCUCAAAUAGAGGAAUUUCCAAUCUGAUAUGGUCAAAGUCAGAUUUUUUUCGGAGCCUUCAUUUCCAACCUAAAAGUCAAAAUUGUCCAACCUUGCGUAACUUAGGCCAGAUUGUCCCAUUAGGGACCCCUUUUAGACUUGAUAGACUAGCCCUGAGAUCUUUGUCUAGUUUAUCUUCCUUUUUUCCUUUUGAUCACCUCCGAGAAAAAACUCACAUUCUUACACAGAUUUGGGGAAGGCCACAAAAGCAACUUAGGCAGGUAAGUCGCCCUACCUCUAUAGGACAUGCGUUUUGAGCCAGGACGCUGCUGGGAAAAAAGCAAAAAACUGCCACUCAAGCCAGACUAUAAAUUUGAGGAAAUGGUGCUUGGCCUCUCACUUCGAGGCUAACCUACCAUUGGGCAGCUCUUCGCACCAAAAAUGAGUCUGGGUAUACAUAAGGACACCCACCACGGACAGGUUGCUGAUCACCAGCCAUUUUAUGUAUAUAAAAUUGAGGAGGUUAAAAAGAAAGAAAAGAAGACUAAUGUGAUGAAUAAAAUAUUGCAGGAAGAAAUCGGGGAAAUUAACGAAAAACUAAAGGAUGAAAUUAAGGAAAAAGAAAAAGUAGUGAAGGAAAAAGAAGAAAUUAAAGAAAAUUUUGAAAAAGUGAAAGCUGAUGCAAAAGCCAAGGAGGAUUCAUUGCUAAUGAUAUUGGAAAGCAAGGAUAGCGUUAUUUAUAAAAAGCAAUGCGAAAUUGAUAACUUAAAAAAAGAGGUGCAAGGGUUAAAAGAAAAAAGCGAGAGCCUAAAGGAAAAUGGAAAAGAAAUCGAGAUGCUUAAACAGCAAAUUGAAGAGCUAAAAACAAAGCUAAAUCAAACAGAAAAUGAAACUAAAGCUGAAAAUGAGCAUGAAGAACUGCAUGCAGCAGUUCAAAAAUACUUAAACGAAAAGAAUAUCCCUGGCCUCUUCAAGCUGAUACAAAACAAUAAAUACUCGUGCGGAACAGAUAUUUACAUUUUGACACUGAAAAACGGAAAAAUUUUUUGCACUAAAGAAAUCCCGAUCGAACGUAUCGUGGCAUCGAAUUUAAGAAUAAAUCCUUCAGCUACCUACAAUAAAACACCUGAGACAUAUAAAACUCCAGUUAGAGGGCAUAUGAAUCAGACAAGAAAUUAUAACCCAGAUGGCGCUGAAACAGAAAAUUCUGAAGAAAUAUUCAGCAGGUCAUCUUUCAGCUCAGAAAAAACUGUCUCAAACACCCCAGAAUUAGCCCACAAGCGUGUAUCAAAAAGGAUUGUGAAUGUCUCAAAUUUUACUAAAAGCAGUGUUUCUCCUUUGAGAGAAAUUACAAAAAAAGAUUCCAAAUCUUUUAAAAGAGCUUCAUUUAAAUAA